CGGAGCCUGUGAGCGGAGCCGGCGGGCGAGGAGCCGCCGCCCGGGCGGCGAUGUCACCGCUGUUCAGCUGGGUGGCCAAGGUGGAGAGUAAUUCCUGGCUUUGGAAUUGCAUGUGCAGAAGCCUGAAGGCCCACUGGGGAACUACAGUCACGGGAGGUUGUCACUGCUGGAGGGAGACCGUUAAGCAGCACAGGAAAAAACCCACCAUUGCUCAGAGCACGUGUGGAUGCGUGCACAUGUGCCUGAGAGCGUGCGCAGAGAUUUCCCAGACAGGCCUGCUUCGGCGCAUGUGCUACCCACACCCCCACGGGAGUGCACAGCUGUCACUCACGAUUGGCCAAUCAGAAGUUUACCUCAUCAGUCCUGACACCAAAAAAGUAGCACUGGAGAAGAGUUUCAAGGAGAUCUUCUUUUGCUCUCACGUUGACGAGAUCAUGAUGACUCUGAAGCAGGUGUUCACAGUGGCCGCGGUGCAGCAGACGACCAAGGCGCCAGCCCAGCUGUGUGAGGACUGCCCCUUGCAGAGCCUGCACAAGCUCUGCGAGAGGAUCGAAGUGACCCUGAGCAGCUGAAGAAGGAACUAAAGGAACUUGUCAAUUGAAGAAAAGUUUUUCCAGCCUGGAAAGUAUCACCUACAGGCAAAAUCAGAAUAAAUAUUCCAGGACUGUACAUCACUAUUUUUAUCUCCCUCAAAGCCGAACUUGACUUUUAAAGCAAUAUUCCUGAGGACCAAAUGAUUCCAAUGUCAUAAGUCUUUAACAUAUUUUAAAUAGAUCUGGAUUCCCCAUUGUUUUAUUUUUGAUCACUAAAGUAAGUAAAAGAUAAUGAGACCCUACCAGCCAACAUUCUUAUUGAAAUGUUAAGCCUGGGCAUUCUCAAAACUUUUUAAUGAAGAUUUCAAAAAAUAAAUCUUAAACAUAGAUUGUAAAUAAUAUGCCUUAAAUUGCAUAAA